CUAAUUAUAAGUCCUUGAGUUGAUUGUAUGCGUGCGUUAAGAUAUGUAGUAUUACUCUAUUAUCCGACUACUCUUUAUCACAAACUACAAAAAACUAACUCUAACAGAAGAAAAACAGUAAUAUAUAUAUUUAGUCCUGCAUGUACAAAAGAUAAGAACAACAAAAGAACAAAGCGAGGAAAGGACAAAAACAGACAACGAACAGAACGGAACAAAAGAGAGUAGCUCUACCGAAAGAAGUACGUACUGAAUGGAGAGAUCGUGACCAAGAAUCGUCACAAUGGGUUAAUCAAAACUUUGUGAUAACCCUUUUUUUACAUAGCCCUAGUGAAAGUACUCAUAUGAUGAGUACAACUUUACUCAUAAUUCGUCCAUGAGUACUCAUAUUAGUACUACUAACAGUUUUUGAGUAUUUUUACUCAGUGAGUACUCAGAGAAUAUUCAUUAACCGUUUUAUUUUGCUAAACUGAAACUGUAUAAAAGAACGUGGAAUUUAGUGAAGAAACAUAGAAUAUUUAUAUUAUUAUUUCCUCACUGGUCUCUCUGUAUAUAGUCAGGGAUGGACUCGUCUAUGCUGGACUUGUAGUCCUAUUCUGACUGGCUGAGAUCACUCCUCUACAUGAAAAUAUCGGAUAAACAAUAUUCAUGAGUAUUUUGUCAAAAGUUAUAUGAGUACUCAACGAUACUCAAGCAUAAGUACUCAAAGUCGUACUCACAAUACUCGUUACUUACUCAUGAGUACUCAUGUGAGUACCCAAUGAGUAAAAAAAUGUGUGAGUACUCAUGAGUACUCGGGACAUUUUUCAGCAGAGUACCACUCUGAGUACUCACACUUGAGUACAUUUACUAGGGAGGCAAUCUGAGUUUUAUACUUUAAAGCGUUACUUUUACCCUUUUCACGAGGUCAUUUUGACCAUAUGAUACGAAUCAAAAAAAUAAUUUAUUUCUUAUUUCAGUCUAAUUUACGUAAAGGCUUGAUUGAUGAACUUCGUAGAGUUGAUCAAUUUCGACCCGCAAGUGUAUCUGGUCCCUCUGUCUUGGUUCGAGCCGUAAACACAUUAAUUGUUGAACACUUGAAAAUAUGUAAUUACGAUUAUACAACUAGUGUAUUCAUCCCAGAGGCGCAAUUAAAUGACUACAAAUCAAUGUCAAACGAUGAAAUAUUUCAACUAUUAAAUAUAUCAAAAGAGUCAGCUUUUUAUAAGAAGAUUAAAUCAGAUUUGCUUGCUUCUGAAAAUAAGAAUAAUUUAUUAUUAACCUUCAUAUCGUCGAUAUAUUCCUAUUUACCCAACUCAACACAAUCAACAAGUUGUCAAACAAGUUACGAUCUAUGGACAGGAUCUGUUGCUGGGAAUACGUUAGGCAUAUUGAAUGAAAAUAUUCACAGUUCAAAAGGGGGUUUUGAGCUCGAAAGCUACGAAAAGUUGUCGACACUGGAUCUAAUGUAUAAUUCUCGUCAACAAGAUGAAACAAAGCAUCUGUCAACAGAAGAAAAAUUAUUACUAUUUCAAAAAAGAAUUGAACAAAAAUUACAAGAUGAGUUUAAACAACAGGUAGAUCAAUUUCGUUUAAAUGAAAUAAAGAAAAUUCAUCAAGAAGAACGUCUUAAAUGUCAGAUGGAGCUACAAUCACUAAAAAAAGAACUGGAACACGCUUAUCAAUCGAAACACGAAACAUUAUCGGAAAAAGAAUUAAGAAUUAGUGACAGAUAUAAAGCUGAAUUAGAGGGUGAAAAACGCGAUUUAUAUGUACAGCGUCAAACAUUUUUGGAUGAAUUAAAAUCCAUGAAAUUAAGAGAGACAGAAUUUCAAAGAGAUUUAGAAUUAAGAGAAAGAGCUAUUACGUUAGAAGCUGAUCGUAUAAAACGUUUAGAAGCCGAUAUGAGUAAACGAGAAUCAAUUUUAAAAAAUACCGAAAUUUUUAUCGAUCAACAAGUACAAACAAAGCUAAGCAAAUUAAGAUUUGAAAUUGAACAACAAUUAAUGGAACGAAAUAAAAGUUUACAAAUAUUAGAAAUUAAAAACCAAGAAGAAUCAAAACGUUUAGCAGAAGAAAGGUUAAUUUGUGAACAAUCUAAAAUGGAACUGACACAAUGUAGAAAACAAUUAUCACAAGUAGAUUCAACAAUUUACAAACUUCAAAGUGAAUUAAAAAUAUCAAGGAAUGAAAAUGAAAUAUUGAAAGAGAAAGCAAAACAAUCUGUUGAUUAUUUUUCAAUUCGAGAAGAGAAUGCUAUAUUAAAAUCACAAAUGGGCAAUACAACAAAUCGUUCUCAAAAAUCACAUAGACAUCGUUAUAAUAACGACAGUAGCAAUGAUGAAAGAUCGAUAUCACCAACACCGAGAAAAUCAGAUUCUCGUAUUCUAUCUGAUCAGUUGAAAAACGUAUUUAGUUCUCAAUUAGUGGAACAACGAGCUAUGAAUGACGAAUUAAUCGAUCUUAAAACACAAAUUGCACUAUUACAAACGCAAGGAGGCCCGGAAACAAUAAAUGAUAAGUUUAAAAACCUCGAUUUAAAUCAUGUUUUAGUUCAAUCCGAAGAUUAUCAUCCAUCAACAGUAUCUUCGAAUUAUAAUCACUUUAUUGAAGAUGCUAAAUUAAGAAUGCUUGAAUUAGAUAAAGAAGCAGAUAACGUUGAAGAGAAUUUUCGUGAUUAUCAACAUCGUAUACUGAAUAAAGCAACUUUUGUACCAGGGCUAAUAUUUGUUAUAUGGAACGCUUCUGGUUAG